AAUUAAAAGUUCCGGAUGACGGAAAACUGCUGGAGUAGGCGGGACUUUAAGACGCUUCCUGCGUGUGACCGACCUAUCGCCCUCGACGGAUAUCUGCUCAGGAGGCACACUCGGGUUUGUGUCCGUUUUGGCGACAAUUUCAGCGCAAAUAUGGUGUCGGAGAGAGAAAUGCUCACUAACGGCGACCCUGAAGACGAGGGGGAGGAUGCCCCUGAAGAGGAAGAGGAGGAAGAAGAGGAAGACCUGGUGGACCCCCUAGAAACAAUCCGAGCCAAGUGUGAGGAAACUGAACACUGUGUGCACUACAAGGAGCGUCUGGAGCUCUGCGAGGCCCGUGUGUCGUCCAGAUCGAACACUGAAGAAGAGUGCACAGAAGAGCUGUUUGACUUCCUGCAUGCACGUGACCACUGUGUAGCAAGCAAGCUGUUCCACAAUGUCAAAUAAUCAGCCCGACCCGCAACUGCAGAUGUGUGAUUGACAUGACUAUAACUGUAAAAUAAGUAGGAAGUGCCUGAAAGUUAUUUCCCGAUAUUAAUACAGUACGCUGUGUGGAGAAACCGAGCUGAACACACACCAUCCUCACUAUACAUUGCUUUAAGGCAGGGGUGUCAAACUCAUUUCGCAUCGUGGGCCACAUACGGCCUAGGGAGAUGUCAAGUGGGCCGGACCAUUAAAAUUAUACCAUACUCUGCUAUAAAUAACCAAAAUAUCAUGUCUUUCCUUUGUUUUGGUGUAAAGAAGCACAUUAGGAACAUUAGGAAAAUAUUGAAAUUUAAUGAACUAUCCUUUUACAAAACAUUUCAUGAAACACCUCAUAUUUCCUUAGAUAAAUGUGCAAUUUACUUUCAUCAUUCACAAAUAUGCAUUGAAAAUUUGUUCACAAAGGUAGGUUGUCCCAAACAUGCACAAAAUUUUAGCAGCCAGGGCUGUUAAUUUGGGGUACCCUGGUAGUUUUUCGCUGUGAUGAGUCUCGUAGUGGCGUCGAAUAUUAUAUUCCUUCAAUACCGAAACUUUUUGCAAACACACCAUUUAUCUCUGUAAAUAAAUAGGACGUGGUCCAUUUUUCUUUGAAAAUUCUACACUCCUUAUCUACUUUUCUCCGUUUGGAUAACGACAUUUUGGCUCAUGAGGGUGUAGCGGAGAGGUAGAGACCAAGGUAUUAACAACGUCGUAACAAGCAGCAGAUGGCGCAUUGAUACCGUCUGCUGUUUUCAGUCUGUCUCAGUGAUGCGGCUUGUCUUCUACUCUGAUGGAAAGAGUGCGCCCAUUAGCGGAUAAUCCAUGAAUUGCAGCGAAUUAAAAAUAUUAAUUCCAUGUCUUUUAUGCAUUUUUUCCACUUUCAAAUUAUCCUGCGGGCCUGAUCGAACCUCCUUGGGGGCCGGUUCCGGCCCGCGGGCCGUAUGUUUGACACCCCUGCUUUAAGGGAAUGAGCCAGUUGGUACAUAAUCAAUUCCUGCUGGUACAGAAAAACUCAGGUUCAGACUUUUAAUGUGUGGUCAGUUCAUAUAAAUAAAUAUAUAUAACAUGCUUUGUUAAUGCAGGGUCGUGGAUUUUACCCCUUGACCUCGAAAUAAACAUUUUCUUACCA